GAUGUGAGAAGUCUCCCAUCGUUGUCGUUGGUGGUCAUUGGUGAUUUGUUUCUGUAGGCCCUUUAUCUUUUUCGUGAAAAUAUGGGUCCGAAACCGAAACCGACGGAUAAACCAGCAGGUGAAAAGAAGCCUGCUGGUGAGAAGAAGCCAGCAGCUGAGAAGAAACCAGCGGAGAAGAAGCCAGCGUCUGCGCCUGCAGCAGGAGCUUCUACAUCUGGAGCAGCAAAGGCUGCUGCAGCUCCCAAACCCAAGGCUGCAGCUGCAGCACCUAAACCUGGCUCAUCCAAGACCCCUGCCCCGGCACCUAAGGCAGCCCAGGCUUCGGCCAAGGCAGCUGCCGCUGCCGCUUCAAAGGCAGCUAAACCUGCAGCUGCAGCAGGCAAACCUGCUGCAGCUGGGGGUAAAGCUGCCAAACCAGCGGCUGGUGCUAAGGCAGCCAAGCCUGCUGCCGCAGCAGCUGGUGCGAAGCCUGCUGCCAAAAAGGCCCCUGCUGGAAAAGCCGCGGCCAAGGCUGGAGCCAAACCGGCUGGCAAACCAGCAGCCAAGGCUGGUGGAAAGGCUACUGGAAAACCGGCUGCCAAGAAAGCCACAUCAAAACCAGCUGCCAAAAAAAUUGAGAAACCAAAACGGGAUGUCGCACCCAAAUCUCAAAAAGGAGGCAAAGUGGUUAAGAAACCAGCAGCUCCCAUCAAGAGAGCCUUAAAAGUAAAGACAAAGGUAAUCAAAGGAGCUUUUGGAAAGAGAGUACGAAAGAUCAGGACGUCAGUUCACUUCCGACGGCCCAAGACAUUUGAACCCCCCAGGAAUCCUAAGUACCCCAGGAAGUCUGUGCCUAGGAGAAACCGAAUGGAUGCCUACAAUAUUAUAAAAUUCCCACUCACAACUGAGGCUGCCAUGAAGAAGAUUGAAGACAACAACACACUCGUCUUUAUCGUGCACAUUGGUGCGAAUAAACAUCAUAUAAAAACAGCAGUGAAGAAAUUGUACGAUAUUGAUGUAGCCAAAGUGAAUACACUCAUUAGGCCUGAUGGGAAGAAGAAGGCGUAUGUCAGGUUAGCACGUGACUAUGAUGCCCUAGAUGUUGCAAACAAAAUAGGAAUCAUAUAAGCUACAUUUCUUUUUUACUUAUAUGACUAUCUAUUAUAAAAAAAGUUAAAAAAGUUC